AUGCUCAGGACUCUUGUCACAAGAACCACCCCUCGUGUGGGCUACCGCCACUUCUCCCGCUCCCUUAUUGCUGCCCAAGGGAAACCCGAGGUCAGUGACUACCUUGAUAAGGCAUCGGAGGCCCCCGAUGCUACAGCAACCAUCCUCAACGAUUUGAUCCACGAAGCUAAAAGAAUCCAACUGCAAAAAAGCGCCACCUGGUUCCAGGCCUUGACCGAACGUCAGAAACAAUUGGCUCUGGGUAAAGUCCUUGACUCAUACUCCUACACCACCGCCGGCACCGCAGACAUCAAGGAAAAGAAAAGAGCCGACUCGUUCUCGUUCUUGUUGUUGCCAUUCAAGGAAGAUCAAUGGUUGUUGGACUCUUAUAUCAACGCCUUUGGUAGACUCAAAGUUGGUCAAUUGUUCCAGGACCUUGACGCGUUGGCUGGGACCAUUGCUUACAAGCACACCUCCCCUGCAGAACCAAUGAUUGUCACCGCUAGUGUCGAUCGUAUUUGCAUGUUGCAAAGAGUCGACGAGAUCUCUAAGUACAACUUGAUGGUUUCGGGUUCAGUGGUGUGGGUGGGCCGCUCGUCUAUGGAAAUUAGCAUCAAGGCCAGUUUCACCGAAGACGCCUUCCCUCCAGAAUCGGAAAUCACCGAAGAUUUUGUCAAAGAUGAAAAUGUCUUUUUGUCCGCCAAUUUCACCUUUGUUGCCAGAAACCCAGAAACCCACCGUUCUACCCCAAUCAACAGAUUCUUGCCUCUCAAUGAAAAAGAAUGGGUCGAUUACACCAGAGCGGAAUCCCAUAAUGCCGCCAAGAAGUUGAGAGCUAAGGAUAGGCAGUUGACCACCAACGUCCCAACCACCGAAGAAACCGAAUUGAUGCACAAUCUUUGGAAAGCCUCGACUAAAUUGAAGGAACAAAUCGGCGAUACCGGGAUCAAACCAAAGAAUUUGGCGUUCAUGAAUGAUACUGUGUUGAAAUCCGUGAUGUUUAUGCAGCCUCAGUACCGUAAUCGUCACAGUUAUAUGAUCUUUGGGGGUUACUUGAUGAAACAAGCGUUUGAAUUGGCGUACUGUAAUUCUGCUGCCUUCUCCCACGCCCCACCAAGAUUCAUUUCCCUCGACGCUACCAGUUUCACCAACCCGGUUCCUGUGGGCAGUGUCUUGUACCUUAAAUCUAAAGUGGUGUACACCGAGCAUAUUCCAGAAAGCGACCCUGAAGCUGAAGCCGCUAACCACAGCGACGCCAUUGCUUCCGAUCCUCAUACCACCGAUGCCCAACUCGAUGAAUACUUCAAACUUUACGGGUCUUCGCAAUUCAUCAAUAUGUCUAAUGAUCCAAAAGAUUUCCUUAACAAAGCAGGUACUAUUGUUCAAGUGAAGGUCGACACCAGUGUGAGAUCAUUGAACCACGAUGCCCACCAAAAGACCGGGACUUUUAUUUACUCAUUCUUUGUGCCAAAAUACUCUUAUGAAAAUGAGAAUCUCGGGGUGGGUAAUCAAACCGUCGCCAGUGGUAGAGAAGUUAAGAAUGGUCAUUACGCGGUGGUUCCAGAAAGUUACAGUGACAUGAUCAAUUUCAUUGAAGGGAAGAGAAGAGCCAAGGAAACUGCCGAAAGUUUUAAGCAAUUGAGACAAAACAUUUAA